AUGAUCGUGUCAUCGAUAUCUCGGCUGACUCUUCGGCCAACUUCCAUCAGUUAUGGGCAAAAUUGCCAAAUCUCAAUUUAUCGAAAAUAUGAAAAAUUUCUGGAGAAAAAAUACCCAAAAAUAUACCGAGUGCAUCGUUUAGUGGUCGAUGGUAUGUUUCUCUAUUGAUCUGCAUUGUAUAUCUAGGCUGUCGAGAUUGCGUAAUGGAUGUAAGGACUUUAUAUCGAUUGAAUAAGGACCUCAAGUACGGCAAAAGAGGACUGUCCGAGAUGAAUACAAAGGAGUUGAUGUGUCUUCUGCAGGUAAGUGUGUGAGAUUUCUGUGGUUUUCCUUAAGUGUCCACCCGAGUUAAUGAGAAUAUUGGUCAUCUUGGUCCUACUUCAAUUCCCGAUAAUAGGAGAGGGCUUGAUUAUUUCCGCGUAAGUACAAAAUAGCUGUUGUUUUUGUCUGAAUAACAAGGAAAGGCCAACCAAGAUGACUUCCAUAUUCUUUUCGUCUCUAAUAGUUUGAGUGCUCUAAUUUUAAUCACGAUAUUGUUUUAGACGCGAGAAGAGUUGCCGAAACUAGUUACAAUCUCAAUACUGGCGCCUCUGCCGUUUACAAUUUAUGGAUUAGCCUUUGCAAUGUUGGUUUUUCUUUUUUAUUCAGACAAAGUCCAAUCAAAGCUGUUUUUCUCUCAUAAAUCCCGGAUUUUCAGUAUUUUCUUCCCUCGCUUCGUCUUGACUAGGCAUUUCUGGACAAGCCAUCAGAAGGAAGAGUUCUGGCAGAAGACUUAUGAUUACACAUUCCGUCCUAGGAUUAAGCGAUUGCAGGAAUUUACGGAGAAGGAAGUGAGUUCUUUGCAUAAGUCUUAUCUCUUUUUAGAAUUUCUCAUUGGAAAGCCCAGUUAAACUCGUUGAUCUAAGUGUUCCCCAUCUCUUGACAUUAUGCAGAUUACAUCGAUCAUGGCCGUUAUAUGGUUGCAAGGGAUUGGAACAACGAGCGAGUGUGAUGAAACAAUUGGAUCAUGUAAUCCUGGAGGAUCUGGAGGAAAUGGAUGAAACUGAACUCAGGAAUCAGAUGUUCUUGAGAAGACUCGACUUCCAUCUCAAAUCAGAAGAAGAGAUGAAGGAUUCCAUUAGGAAUUGGGUUAAAAACUCAAAAAGUAAGGGUAUUUAAUCUUAAUAUGCAUCUUUUAUUUAGAACUAGGCUCAAAUCCGGGUGCGCUGCUACAUCUGCCUGCUAUAUUAGCUCAGAGGGAAGAAUAG